AUGUGGGACUUAACCAAAAAACGAAUGCUUUCCAAAGUCCUUUAUUUCUACCAAGACCUUUUCCCCCACCUCUACGACUUCUCCCCCCCUUGCUGGGCCUUUCCCGAGGACAGAGCGCGGAUCGAGCAGCUGCUGCACCCGCGGAACACGGAAACCUUCAUAAUAAAGCCGGACGGGGGCGCCAUGGGCAGCGGCGUGCAGCUGGUCUCCCGCUGCAGAGAUAUUGACUCUGUCAUUUUGCGCGGAGAGGGAAAUUAUAUAAUGCAAAAGUACAUAGACAGGCCCCGCCUGCUGCACAAACGCAAGUUCGACCUCAGGGUCUACGCUGCGCUUUUCGCCGUCGCCGGAAAGCUCCAGGUGUUCAUUUCGCGCGUGGGAAUGGCCCGCUUCUGCACGGACGAGUACCGCCCCCCCACGCGCCGCAACCAAGACAAUGCUUUUAUGCAUUUGACAAAUUAUUCCAUCAACAAAGAAAACAAAAACUCCUUCAUCAGAUCUCCUGACAUCCACAACGCCCGCAACAGCAAACGCCUCCUCUCGGACGUCCUCCGCGAGCUCGCUGCAGAGGGAGUGGACGUGGGCAAGGUGUGGGGCAGCAUAAAGGCAAUAACGGCGCGGACUUUCGCGUGUCUGCAGCCGUGGCUGGAGCUGCGGUACCGCCACAUAUAUCAGCAGCAGCAGCAGCAGCAGCAAGAAACUUCCCGCUGCUUCCAGUUUCUAGGCCUGGACAUUCUCCUCGAUGCUGAUGACAAGUGCUGGCUGCUGGAAGUCAACUCCAACCCUUCCCUCAGAAUCGACUACUUCGACUCCCAGUGUGGAGGCAUUGACGUGCAGCUGGAGAGCGCCCUGGACCGGACCAUUAAGGAACCAGUGGUCAGCGAGGCACUGGCCAUUGCCAGCAAGCUGCUGCUGGGUCCUGAGAAGAAGAAAAGCCGAGACUGCAGCAAAGAAGCAGCAAAAAAAGCGCCCGCAGCAGCAGCAGCAGCAGCAGCUGGCAGCAAACGCGUGGGGGCUGCGGCUGCAGCAGCAGCAACGGCAACUAAGACUGGCAAAGGCAGGACCCGAGGUGUAUAUACAGCAGGAGCCAAGAGUAGAGACAACGGAGACAGCCAAAAGUCGGGGUGUAUGCAAACAGGCAGCAGCAACAGCAGCAGCAGCAGCAGCAACACCAACAGCAGCAGCACCAGCACCCUUCUCUCUGUUGCUCAGACUCUUCCCCUGACUGCAGAUGCAUCAGCUGCAACAACUCCAAACGCAACAGUAAGCACCUAUGCUUCUGCUGCUGCUAUUGUUCCCUCUGCUGCUGCUGCUGCUGCUGCUGCUGCUGCUGCUGCUGCUGCUGCUGCUGCUCGCUUCUCUUAUCUGCAGCAAGCAGUUAAUGCCUGUGUCUCUCCUUUAUUCACACCAGUAGUGAGGAUUCACAAGUUUCUCUUUGUUGCUGUCUUUGUCCCUUUAUUUCCCCCUCAGAGACAAGUGCCUACCAAAGCAGCAGCAGCAGCAGCAGCAGCAGCAGCAGCAGCAGGGGAGAGCUCGCUUCGCGGCUCCCGCGGCCACCCCACACUUGGGCUGGGAUCGGUGGGAUCGUCUCCUCCGUCUCCAGUUCGCCGCUGCGUUUCUGUUUUUGAACCUCGCUGGGCUUUGGGGGAAAAAAGAGACAUGCGGAGGUCUCUCAGCACGGAGAGCACAAAGACAAAAGCAGCAGCAGCAGCAGCAGCAGCAGCAGCAGCAGCAGCAGCAGCGGCGACGGCCGGGGCGGGGCCGGAGAAAGAGCGCGCGGCCUCAGGCGCCGCCGCUAAAGCGCCAGCAGCAGCAGCAGCAGCAGCAGCAGCAGCACGAGGGACUCCCAAGGCAGCAGCAGGAAGCCUUCGAGCUGGCGGCCUCGGCUGCUCAGCAGCAGCAGCCACCUCGUCCACCCUCCGAACCAGCAGCAGCAGCAGCAGCAGCAGCAGCAGCAGCAGCAGCAGCAGCAGCAGCAGCAGCAGCUUGCGGCGGGGGAAGGGCUGGGAAGGCCCGCAGGGCGACGGCUCCGACUCCGAAGCUGGGGAACACCGCAGCAGCCCGAAAGUGGAUUCGGAGUUGCUGGCAGCAGCUUAUAAAGAAAUAGAAAAGUGCAUGGAGUGUUUUAAUGUAUUGGGGCUGCGGUUCCAGCCCGCGGGUUUGCUGCCGCUGCAGCAGCAGCAGCAGCAGCAGCAGCAGCAGCAGCACGCGGCGCGGCGCGGCAGCGCGGGCGCCUGCGCUGCUGCUGCUGCAGCAGCAGCAGCAGACAAGCAGCAGCACUCCGCCAAACGCAGCAACUCCAGGGCCCCACACGUCCCCUUCCGCCCCUUUCUUAGAAAAGACAAAUCUCUCUUCAAAAGACCAGCAGCAAGAAGCACUUACACGAAGCUGCACAAGGAGGAAGCAACCAGCAGCAGCGAGGCGACCCAGGAGACUGACUGCAGCAGCAGCAGCAGCAGCAGCAACAGCAGCAAAAGCGAAACCUUCGACGAGGGCCCCCUAGAGCCCGUGGCAGGGGCCCCCGCGCCCCUGGGGGGCCCCUCCCCUUCAUGCGGGGCCCCUGCUGCUGUGCCCUGGGGCCCCCAGGGGCCCCAGGGGGGCCCCCCGCCCCUCCCGGGGCUGUCCGCGAGGCCCCUCACUGCAGCAGAAGAGUCCCUGCCUUUGCUGCUGCGCAAAGUUGCAGAAGGAGCUUCGCAGCUAGAAGUGCUGGAAGUUAAUCUGCAGCACUUGGAGCAGCAUCUGCAGCAGCUGCGGGAGCUUCGGCAGCAGCAAGCGGCGAAGCAGGCGGUGCUGCUGCGCCAGCGAGACGCAGCAGCAGCUGCUGCUGCUGCUGCAGGCGGCGGCGGACUGGCUGCAGCAGCAGCAGCAGCAGCAGCAGCAGCAGGCAAGGCCGGCCACGAGGCACUGCUGAGCAUUGCAAACGCAGAAGAGAUGUUCGGGCCGCGGCAGGGGCCGCGGCAAGGCCGAGAGAACGCAGCAGCAGCAGCGGCAGCAGCAGCAGCAGCAGCAGCAGCAGCGCUGCAGCAGCUAAGCCAGGAGAUCAAUGCCUGCGAAGCAGGCAUUCGAAACGCCUCACAUGAAUUAGGCAAAACUCUCCAAGUUCGUGCUGCUGUAGCCAGCAGGCACCAGCAGCACCAAAUGCAGCUUGCCCACAUUCGCGCGCAGCAGCAACUGCAGCAGCAGCAGCAGCAGCAACAGCAGCAGCAGCAGCAGCAGCAGCAGCAGCAGCAAAUGCAGGCCAGGCAAAAGAAGGAACAGACAGCUCUGCCGCCCUCUGCCCCCGCUGCAGCUGGGGGGCCCCCGGGGGCCCCUGCAGCACCCAGCCAAGGCCCCCGCAAGAAGACAGGGGGGGCCCCCGGGGGGCCCCCAGGGGGGCCCCCACUUGCUGAGGCUCUAAAGAGCAGCAGCAAACAGCAGAAGACAACUCUUAAGGGGCCCGCGCAGGAGCUGCGGAGCAUUUCCGCGGAAAAGAAAGAAGGGGGGGGCCCCCUGGGGGGCCCCCACAAGAAGGGGGCCCCUGGGGGGCCCCCUGGCUCUGGGGGCCCCCAGGGGCCCCAGGGGGCCCCCGGGGCCCCUGGAGAGGGCCUGGAGUGGCACGAAACCCUCUGCAGCGCCUGGCCAGACUUGAAUUCUCAAGUUAUGAGUAUGGUCCCGAAAGAAGUCCUAAAAGAGGCAUUUCAGCUGCUAAUUGACUUCAUAGAAAUCCGACUGGACCUCCACCACUGCAGCACACAAUGGGGGGCCCCCCUGGGCCUCUCAGGGUCCUCGGGGGCCCCAGCGGGGCCCCACUAG